AUUUUGACAUUUCCCAGUUUUUGAUUUUCGGACGCAAAAUUUUUAAAUACUUCAACUAUUUGCCGGCAAAAUAUUUAUUUUUUUUGGAUAAUAAAAUAGAAGAACAAUAAAAUCAUGGCUACAGAAACACCAUCUCCAAAUGCUAGUUCCAAACAUUUAAAUAAAAGAUGGAAUAAUUUGAGAAAAAUUCUAGAACGACCGAGGCCAUUCUGCAAGGCCGACUUUACUCCGUCUGCGGAUAAUCUUGAAUUUUUACUAAACACUUGCAAAAUCUUGGUCAUUGGCGCUGGAGGAUUAGGUUGUGAAUUGCUCAAAGAUUUAGCUCUAAUGGGAUUCGGAGAUAUUCAUGUCAUCGAUAUGGACACUAUUGACCUUUCCAAUUUAAAUAGACAAUUUCUAUUCCGACGCAAAGACAUUGGUUCAUCGAAGGCAGAAUGUGCUGCAAAUUUCAUUAAUGCCAGAGUUCCCACUUGCAAGGUUACUCCACACUUUGCAAAAAUCCAAGACUUUGAUGAGUCAUUCUAUCAGCAAUUCCACAUUGUUGUUUGUGGUCUUGAUUCUAUCGUAGCUCGAAGAUGGAUCAAUGGUAUGUUGAUUGCUAUGCUAGGCUACGAAGACGACGGAACUGUCGAUCCUUCCACCAUCAUUCCGAUGAUUGAUGGUGGAACUGAGGGUUUCAAAGGGAAUGCUCGUGUCAUUCUGCCAGGUUACACGGCAUGCAUUGAGUGUACUUUGGGGUUAUUCCCUCCACAAGUCAACUAUCCUCUGUGUACUAUCGCGAAUACCCCUCGUCUGCCAGAACAUUGUAUUGAGUAUGUGAAAAUAAUUCAAUGGGAAAAAGAGAACCCGUUCGAUGCUCCACUGGAUGGAGAUGACCCACAACAUAUUUCGUGGAUCUUUGAAAGAGCUCUAGAGAGAGCUAAUCAAUUUAAUAUCUCCGGAGUAACUUAUCGAUUGGUUCAAGGUGUUGUGAAGCAUAUUAUACCAGCAGUGGCUAGUACAAAUGCUAUUAUUGCUGCUUCUUGUGCAACAGAAGUAUUUAAACUUACUACUAGUUGCUAUAAUAGUAUGAAGAACUACAUGGUAUUUAAUGAUUUGGCUGGAAUCUACACCUUUACAUAUGAAGCUGAAAAAAAUGAAAACUGUUUGUCAUGCAGUAAUGUUCCACAAAAAGUUAUGGUUGAUGAUCCAAAUACAACAACUUUGGAGGACUUUAUCAAAAUGCUAUGCGAGAGUCCAACUUAUCAAAUGAAAAGUCCAGGAAUCACUGCGUAUAUUGAUGGGAAGAAUAAAACCCUUUACAUGUCCACCGUGAAGAGUAUUGAAGAACGAACUCGAUCCAAUUUAACUCAGUCGUUGUCUGAACUUGGACUACGUGAUGGCCAAGAGUUAAUGGUGGCAGAUUCAACCACACCUAAUGCCAUUACAUUGAAACUCAAAUACACUUAUAAUGAAAUCGAAAUGAAUUAAUUUAUUGAAAUAAAAUGUUAAUAAAUAGAAAAAAUUAAUUAAUUUAUUAAAAA